UAGAUCUGAGAGCAGGGGGGGUAUCUUUUCUCUAUUUAAAGGGACACCAUCUCCAUCAUGCCUUUUCACUUUGCUCCAGGAAGCAGGGGCCAUCUGUCUUACCAUGAUCCCACCGCCUCUCUCUCUGGGUCCCAGUCUCCCCACCUGUGUUGAAUGACCCCCCAGCCCCGGGCUCCUCCAGCACCGGAAGUCUUCCUUAUCACACAGAAGUGUGACCUUAUCAAUCUCUCCUAUUCUGGUCAAAGUGCUCCAGGGUCACUGGAGACCUGAAGUUCACGGUCACGGCAGGGGAGGGGGUGGGGGGUGGGGAAACCCUGUGGGCCCUUUUCUUUAGCUCCUGCUUCCAUCUAGAGGAGGGCAGUGGCAGUGCAGGAAACACCACAGCCAGCCUACCUUAGCCAAAUCAAGCCCACACUUUCAUCAGCAUCAGCUUUUACACUUACUGAGCCUUUCCAAUGUGCCAGACAGCUGUGCUAAGCACCUCCAUCACUAAUCCUCAAGACCACAUUCAAGGGUAGAUACUAUUAACAUUCCCACUUGACAGACAUGAAAACAGGAGAGUUAAAUUAUCCUGCGUUCCAUAGCUAAUAAGUAGUGAGUCUUUAGGAAUUACACCCCCAAAUAUGUGCCUGUGAUUACUACACUGCACCCCCUAAGACCCUCUCCAUUUCUGAAGAGGGUUCAUAAGUUCAAAACUCUUGGUAACAAACAGAGGAGAAAGUGGUCCUACUUGCCUCCUCAGUGAACUGCUGGGGAGUAAAAACAUGAAAAUCAUCAGUGCUAGAUUCAGAUAAACUUAUACGUGAAAAUUUCUGCUCAGCUGCGACUACAGAAAGAUCCUCAAGACACUGGGAAAACAGCCCUGCCCAAGGAACUGGGCUCAAAUUCAACAUCAGCUGAUUCAAUAAGGCUCCCUGCAAGCAAAGCUCAAAGAAUAGAGGCUUCAACUCCUUUCCAUGGCAGCCCACCAAAACCUGGCCUCGAAGAUCUUCUCUUUAUGCUGCAAAUGCUGUGAGAAACCCAACGCUGCAGAUGACUCCAAGAUCCCCAAUCAAACCCAAGAGCUUCAGCUGUCGAAGCACGGUGUGCAGAAGGAUGAGCUCAACAGACAAAGCCUUAAGCACAGUGACGCAGCACCCUGCAUGAGUCUGGGGAAAGCCACGCUCCCCUCAGAAAAGACAACUUCCUGUUUCAGCAGCAGUGAGUAUGGAUGCUGCAGUUACAUUACAGAACACAGCGGCCAGAGCACAGGGGUCAGACCUGCCUGUAUGAUCCUCCAAGCUGGGAAUUACAUGAGGAGCAGGAGCCCUGAGAGGAGAGAAUCCAUGUCCACACUCUCCUUCUAAGUCCCGGUGGCACUGU